UCAGAAAUGAACAUCUGCAAUAAACCUCCUAAUAAGACAGCUCCAGAGAAUUUGGGUGAAGGUAUUCCUGAGGUCCAGGCCCAACGCGCUCGAAGGAAUGGCUGGAGCUGGCCUCCACAUCCCUUCCAGAUUAUCGCCUGGUUGUUGUACUUCUUCUUUGCGCUGGUUGGCUUUGGAAUUCUGGUUCCUCUUCUGCCCCUUCACUGGCUGCCCGCUGGCUAUAUUUGUCCAGGAGUGUGUUUUAUCUACCAUUUAGUUGUUCAUCUUACUGCAGUCUCCAUUGAUCCUGCGGAUACCAAUGUGCGCAAAAAAAACUAUCUGGGGCCUCUGGCCACCUUCAAUCGUAAUCAGCAUGAACAUGUCAUUGAAAAUCGUCAUUGCCAUGUCUGUGAUGUAGAUGUGAGUGCCAAGUCAAAGCACUGCGGAACUUGCAACAAGUGUGUGUGUGGCUUUGAUCACCACUGCAAAUGGCUCAACAACUGUGUGGGGAAGAGGAAUUACUGGCUCUUUUUGAAUAGCGUGCUGUCUGCCAUUCUGGGCCUUGGCCUUCUGCUGCUCAUAGCUUUCUACGUCUUUGUGGAGUUCUUCAUUAACCCCAUGAUGCUUCGCUCCGACCAGCACUUUGAAGUUCUAAAGAACCACACAGACGUCUGGUUUGUGUUUCUUCCUGCAGCUCCUGUUGAGACUCAGGCACCUGCCAUUUUGGUCUCAGCUGGGGUUUUUAUUCUUCUGAGCCUAAUGACCGUGUUCCUGCUAGGCCACCUCUUGACCUUUCACAUCUAUCUUAUGUGGAACAAAUUGACUACGUAUGAGUACAUUCUGCAGCAGCGUCCACAACAAGAGGUGAAAGAGGUAGAUGGACAACUGGAAUCUUGUCCCUCCCAAGUGAGACCCAGUCAGGAAGCAGACUUUUUUUCAGGUAAACCUGGCUAUACAGACCUUGAUAUUCAAGUACAGGACUCUCCGGCUGUAACUUCAGGAAAAAACUUUCCAAAGCUCUAUGUCCACAAUGAUGAAGCAGAUCUUGGGCAGAGCUCCUCUCCUGACCUCCAAUCUCUUCAGCCUGCAAUCCCUUCUCAGCAACAAAGAAAAAGAAGAAAGAAGAAGAUGCAUAAAGCUCCUUCCUCAGCAACGGAUAGCAGAUCUAAAACACACACUAGACCUUGGCCCUCUUUCCCAGAUCCCCAGUCAGAGUUCCUGGCCACAGCUGCUGCCACCUUAUCUUCCCACAGCCGUCGCCUCUUAGUGCCACCUUUCCCUGUGAGAACUGCUUUGCCUCCCAGCAAUGUCAGCCCCAUCCAAGCAGCGGGACCCCCCGCUGACUAUCACUCAGAGUCUGCUGAGUCCAUGGAUGAGAUUCCUGUGGCUCAGACCCGCCUUGGGAGCACAGCCUUUCAUAGACCUUCCAAGAAUAGGUCAAGCAGUUCUCAACACUCUCCCUUGUCCACAGGCCAUCCCAGAGGUGACAGGGAGAAGAGUCUAUAUUCUGGGCACAAGGUAAAAACGAAAAGCUGGCAGCAAGACAGCAGCAUGGAACAAGACCUGGAACUUGUUUCUAAGAUCCCCACUGUGUUUGUAAGUAAGAGCAGUGGAGAGCCUCAUGUCUCUCAGCCCCAGCCUAGUGAGAGUACAUCUGAGCCGCACCACAGAAAAUGCACCACCAAGCUGUACAUGGGCAGACAAAAUCCAUGCUUAAAGGACAUAAGGACAAACACCACAGCAGCCUAGUAAUCAGCUUUCCAAAGCCAUAACCUUGUGGGAAAGAGGUUCUCAUUCUACUUGUAUGUUGCUGUUCAAAGAUCUUGACUCCAGUGACUCAUCUUAUUCCCUGGCAUCAGCAGAGUCCCUUUACUUGAUGCUGUCCCCCUUCCAGCAGAGUCAGCUGAGAGACAGGAAAACUCUGCUGCAUCAUUUUGUCUGGCUGCUGCCUGCUCCUAAGCCAGGAGUGCCCCGAGCCCAAUUCUACUCUCCUUGUCCGGGGGAACAGACUCCCCUGAUAGGGAUGUGCCCAGGGCUGUCACUGGUGAACGACUGCAGUGUAAGUACUCUGUAGAGUGCUGAGGGACUGAUCCCUAAACUGUGUGCUUACCAUCACGCUGCAGCGUAACAUUUGUUGCUGCCUGACUAAAGGCAACAGGCAUGAGCAUGGCAAACCUGAGGUGGGUACCUUGACCUGUUACUAGAUGGAGCUAAGAAAAGUGCUUUCCCAAGUAAAAGGCUACACCCUCCUGGCCCUCUAGAAACAAAUAGUGCAGUAAAAUUUGUAGAGAACAUGCGGGGAAAAACAAGGCUACAUCUCUGCUGUUCCACGGCACCCAUAAAAUCAAAUUUCCCAUCUGCCUACACUCAGUCAGUCUUUGGAUCAUGCUGGGGGGGCCUGAGCGGAUGAUCAGGGAGUAAUGUCAGAAUUUCCCUGUCCCUAUGCCACUUUCCACUGUGCACCCUCAAGCCCCUUUGCCAAAUCCACCAGCAUGACCUCUGUAAAGCAGUGUAGUUUGUACAUGACUACACCUUCCCACCAGCCUGCUGUGCCCCACAGUGCAACCUCCUUAUCAGAAAAUGCAGGAUGAGGCAGGUCUUGUAAUCUUUCCAUUUCCUGGGCUACCAAAUCAGCAACAAGCUCACAGUCAAGCUUAGAGUCUCUAUAUUGGCAAAAAAAUCCUGCACGAGGCACUGGGGCACAUAGCCAGCGCCUAGAAUCACAGCAUUCUGUCCUCAUGGUGACAAGCAGCACUACAGAGCCUAUACUUUCCCUGUCCUCUUGGCUUCCACAGGCAGCAUGCCCUGCUCCAGAUUGCUGGCUGAGCCCUGAGGCCAGGGCUGUCAGGAAACCAAGAUCUGCCUAGCAACCAGCUACAUCAGAGCCCAGGAUACUAGCUAAUUACACAUCUUGAUGGGCCUUGCCACCAGCCUGUAUGUACCUGACACAAUUUGUCAUUUGGCAGCUACUUCUGUGUAGCCCGUGCCUCCCUGGCAUGGCUAUCACCCUGACCAGCAACGACUGGCUUUGCCAGUUGCACCAUUUCUGAAUAAGCCCCAGUGCUGCACACAGCUAGUGUGUGUGAACACCUAGAUGCACCAGCAGAGAAGAGCCAACAGAAAAAGUUUUAAUUACCCUACUAAAUGUUUUCCAUGAUGCAUGGACACAACUGACAGUCUACCGGUCUACCCCUUCCUCCAUACUAUCAUGCCUGCAAGUAGGGAAGAACAAGACAAAGCGUGGUCCUAAAUGGCUCAUGCUAAGCUGUUCCACCCCUUGCCUAGGCAUGGAGUAGCUCAAUCUGUGAGCAUCCAUCAGAAAAGGUUCAGAGCAGGCCAGGACAUCUGGGGAAAACUGCCCUCUGGGAACAGUCAGCAUAAGACUGGCAGGCUUAACCCCCCAGCUCUGAUGUGUCCGCUCCUCAGCCCUGUCAUUGCCCAUUAUCCCACUGCUUACCCUGGCUUUUGCACUGCUCAGAAUUCUGUGCAAAGUCCACUUCCCCUGGAGCUCCCAACUACUUGGCUGUAUCCUUUCACAGCAGGAUGGCAUUUUGGCUAGCAUUAUUUUGGCAUAGCAUGGGCUUUUGCCCCAGACAGAGUUUCUUCUGGAGAGUUCACUUCAGCAGAGAGGUGCAAGGGCAUCUGCCUUAUGCUGAAAACCUCUGCACACUCUGGAAACCAUGCCAGGAAUUGGGUCGGCUCCCUUGGGAAGCCCCCCAGCACUAUCACAUGACCAGUACCAUGAACCUGUGAAUGCUCAUGUAGUGGUCAUUUCAGCCCUUGCCUUCAAGGGGAAGGCAAAAUGCUGCAGCUGCUCCUGAAAACACAUGGUUCUUGCAGAACUGAAACUGCGGUAAAGGAGUUCUCUUGCACAGGUGGUGCAAUGUGCAUGUGCAUGUCACCAACAGCUUGUAGGUGCCAUGUGUAUGGCACCUAACACAUUAGGUGCCAUUUCCUCUCUUAGGCUCAGAAUUAGCACACCAGGAAGUUGGCAGGAGGAGGUUUUGUCCCCAAGGGCAGUAUUAUUGGAUCCCAGUCCUGCUGUCCCAGGCUCUUGGGCUCACUUGACCCUAGGGCUGUUGUACUGAAGAGAUAGAGACUGAGUUUUCCAGCUAAGUGUCUCCAUGGAUUAGGGAAUGACAAAGUCUGGAGAGCUGUCCUGAGCCUUGAGAGGAGCUUGGAAAUCUGUUUCCUCUGCCUGGGAAGGGUGGAGAUCAGAGGGCUAGGCUGAUACAUAGGUGUAGACUGCAGAAUAGGUGUGGAAUAUGUAUCUGAGAAAAGAAGCCAGUGGACGAGCCAUGGUCCAGCUCCAAAGCCAAUUUCCUAGUCCCAAGCUAGUCUAGGGACCACCUAGUAGGAGGCAGAAGACCAGAGACAAGCCUUCAAGCUAUUGGGCUUGGAACUACAACUUUUCCAUUGGGGUCUCCCUUUCAGGAGUGUGUUGAGCUCUGUUUUUUAGCGCAAAGGCAGGCAGCCUUGAAAUCUGAUUUGGGAGAGCAGAAGAAAGUUUGUUCUUUAUGGGAGCUCAGUACUGUUAGGUCAAAUCACACCAACACAUGGCCAAGGAUAAUGAAGGAGCUUUUGGGCUGAGCAUAGACCACGGGUACAGGACAUUUUUAGUCUGUCACAUUUUUUCUCAGGGCCCAGGGAAACCUGGCUUGGUGUCUAGGAAGGAACUAUGCCAUAUUCCAGUUUGGAGUGGGAGACUGUUUGCUCUGUAAGGGGCCUUUGAAAGUAUCUAGAUGAUCAAAGGCUUGGUGGCAGGUCAUUGGUGUUCUUUGAGGCCUCAGCCCUAGCUUCUGUCAGAAAGGAGCUAAAGGGGAUGUAUCUUGAAAGACAGUAGCUUUCUCAGCUCUUUCGAGAGAAAGGAUGAUUAAUGCUUAACACUUGUCUUCACCUCCUGACUCAACAGCCUUUAGCCCCCAAGUUCCUUCCUCUCCCCUCCUCCAUAGUCAAGUGCUAUCCUCUGCUUUGUUCUCCUGGACUAUGCUUUGCAUGGGAGCUGGUGAAUUUUAAUGAUACUAGGUGCAUAGGUAUUCCAGAAGAAGACACCCAGACUUUGUAUCGGACAUCACUGAGAUGAUGGGGAAGCCAGUCGCGUAUGUUGACAUGCCCUAGUCUGGCAUUUGAGGAUGAAGAGAAACUCUGCUCUGCUUGGCAUGUGCAAAAAGGGUAAAGUCUGUGGGGAAGGAUCUGGCCUCAUUGACUUUUGGCCAAGGAUGGUCAACAAGCAGUGUGGAGGGGUGGUAUCACAGAGGUUCAGCCCCUGGUCAGACUCUGCCCUCUUUUGCCCCUUCCUUUGCCAUGAGAUGCUGGUAGGUGGUGGUGCAAGACAAGUAGUAUGGCUUGUGGAAAGCCACGUGAUGUAGGCGUUGCGUGUGGCACAAACAAGGCAAGUGUUAGAAUGACUUUGCUGGACCUGAAGAGUUUAUGGGGUAGAAGUGAUACCCAAGAAUUUCCUAUUGUUGAACAGUGCAGAUGUGACUAAGUGCCCUCAAGGCCAACUGUGUGGCCCAUAGACAGGACCCUCCAGGCCAAGCACUCCCAAGGUGGUGCUUGGGAACUAUCUAUCUGACAAGGCAGUAUAGAUACAAUCCCUGAUCCCAGAUUUCUUUAAAGGGCUUUCUUACCUUUCUUCUCUGUUGCCUGAUUUUUAACUCCUGAAGGAGCUGGAAUGAGGAGCUUUGAUUUUUCAUUGAAUUGUAUGAACCAUUGGUCAGCAAAAAUGAAGUCUCCUGUAGCUGUUGAAGUCAUCAUGUUUAAAUUUCUAGGAGGGGAUGCCAGUAGUCACAUUCAGAUUGCAGCUUCCCUUGCUAACGUAGCCAUUGGUACCAGCUGGCAGUGUGAGCCUUUGGAAACACUGGUGUGUGUGGGAGAAAUGCUUGUGGAUCAGCACACAUUGCACUACUUAUCUGCAGGCACCAGGACAUCUUCCCACUACUGGAUCCCAGUUAGACAACAUGCUUCCUGUUGUUUCUCCUCUUGUCUGUGAUCAUCCAAGAGAACUACAUGCUAAUGCUGGGCUCAGGAUGUUCAAAGGCCAGCAGUCCCUCCACCCAGAAAGCAUUGGUAAUAUCUCUCCAGCAGGUGUCCCUGAGCAGAUCUCAUGUGUUUUCUUAUCCUUUGUCCAUGCAGAAGCAGUCCUAAAGUCCUGCAUGGAGUUCUUUAUUAGCUCUGUUCACAAUAAAAUUUUCUAUGGCCUUUGCUAAAUAGUUUCUUCCUUUUUUUUGCAGUAGUUCAUUUAUCUGCCCGGUUGAUGGCUGCUAGGGUGUUUUGGGCAAGUGAAGCUCUUCCUACAUCUCUGAUGUCUCAACUGAACUUUGCAUCUUAACCAGUGUGUAGGUGACAGUGGUCCCUUCUUUGUAGGGCUCUGUGGACAUUGGAGAGGGCUGCCUUCCCUGAAGAGUAGGGAAUCAGCCACCUUUGCCAUAAGGCACGUAACUUCAGCCUGGUUUCUGCGCUGUGGCAGGAUAAGAACCACAGGGAGGAGGCUAUUCACUGUGCAUCAUGCAGCAGGAAGGUUGCUGUGUCCUUUGGGGGUGAGUGGAACUGGAAUCCUGGCCUGAAGACGUCUCUAAGAUAUUCAGGGAAAGGUCUGAGAUGUCCCAGGGUGGCAGCUUAUGAGUACAGUUUGAAAGGGAGCGCAUGUCCUGCACUGCUAGCAGUGACAUGACUCUCUCCAGGGGCAUGGGGCUCACCCUCAGGUUCAGCGUUUAGUUUCCUUCCUCCUUCCACCUUGUAUUCAGCUGCCACAAGGAAUCUUUCAGAUUGAGAAUGCACUUUAAGCCCCAGCUUCUCCUACUACGCACGCAGACACGUACCUGAGAAGGAUCUCUUCCCCCAGAGUCACCGAGCCAUUGCAGAGCCCUUUGUGCUGCUAGGCUGUACAGGUUCUGCAGACUUCCCCACAAAGAGAGGGAGCUCAUGCAUGUCAUUGGAGGCCAAGGAGAUGUCCAAAGGAUGUGCUGGGGGCCAUGACCUAGGAGUUUUGCUGGGUAGUGAGGACAUCCUUCUUCUGCCUUCAUCUGUGACAUGAAACCUCCCUGCUAGCUUUCUCCACUACAUUGAAUGCUGGAGAGGACA